AUCCCCUUGUCAUCAGAACAUCACACACCACACACACACACAACUGCCGCCGCAGCUGUAGGCGCCUGCCACUCUCCGACAAGACCCCGAGAACUUGCCAGCCCAGGCCACCCUCUCCGCCGCAACAAUGCUGGCCGCCGCCGCCUCCGUCAAGCCCACCGCGGCCGUGGCCGCCACUGCAAAGCCGGCAUUCAAGCCCCUCCACCUCCCUCCCCUCCCCGCCGCCGGCACCAGGCCCCUCUCCCUCUCCGUCUCCGCGCGGCCCCUGUACCGCCAGGAGCAUGUCCUCGCGACCGUGGCGGUGGCGGCAGCCGGCCGCAGCGACCGCGCCGCGUCCCCCGCGCCGCCGGCCGCCACCGCGGACGGCGCCCGGCCGGUGGAGAUCGCGGCGCCGGGGGAGCCCGCUGAGACCGCGCGGCGCGCCAGGAUCGGUAUCUAUUUCGCCACGUGGUGGGCGCUGAACGUUAUCUUCAACAUCUACAACAAGAAAGUGCUCAACGCGUUCCCGUACCCGUGGCUCACGUCGACGCUCUCCCUCGCCGCCGGCUCCGCCAUCAUGCUCGCGUCGUGGGCGACCAGGAUCGCCGAGGCACCACAGACGGACCUCGACUUCUGGAAGGCGCUCUCUCCGGUAGCGAUCGCGCACACGAUCGGUCACGUCGCGGCUACGGUGAGCAUGGCCAAGGUGGCCGUGUCGUUCACGCACAUCAUCAAGAGCGGUGAGCCGGCGUUCAGCGUGCUCGUCUCCAGGUUCUUCCUCGGCGAGCACUUCCCGGCGCCGGUCUACUUCUCCCUCCUCCCAAUCAUCGGUGGAUGCGCCCUCGCCGCCGUCACCGAGCUCAAUUUCAACAUGGUUGGAUUCAUGGGGGCAAUGAUCUCCAACCUCGCAUUCGUCUUCCGGAACAUCUUCUCGAAGAAGGGGAUGAAGGGCAAGUCGGUCAGCGGGAUGAACUACUACGCCUGCCUCUCCAUGAUGUCGCUGGUGAUCCUCCUCCCCUUCGCCAUUGCCAUGGAGGGUCCCAAGGUGUGGGCAGCAGGCUGGCAGAAAGCAGUCGCCGAGAUCGGUCCCAACUUCGUCUGGUGGGUGGCGGCGCAGAGCGUGUUCUACCACCUGUACAACCAAGUGUCCUACAUGUCGUUGGAUGAGAUCUCGCCGCUGACAUUCAGCGUCGGCAACACCAUGAAGAGGAUUUCUGUCAUUGUCGCGUCCAUCAUAAUCUUCCAAACGCCCGUUCAACCCAUCAACGCGCUCGGAGCCGCCAUCGCCAUUCUUGGAACCUUCAUCUACUCCCAGGCAAAGCAGUAAUGCCUUGGAAUCAAGAUGGUCUCAGUUCACCGCGUAUCGACUCGGUGCUCGAACAUAACAGCCUAUGACUCAUGAGCGUAUCUAAGAACCCCUUGUAUAAUAUUGUUAGAUCCUCUUUUUUUGUAUUUUCUUUUAUAGGACUAGCUACCAGUGUUCCUGAGCUGCUCAUUUCUGUGUUUUCACCAUGACUAUGAUGGUGUAGAGAGGCAUGGAUCCAUCUGAAUAAGACUACUAGAUAUUUUUUUUUUCUUGCCC